UCAUUGAGACCAGUCAGACGCGUGGAAGUUCCAACACAGAGUGGAGAUAUGGCAGCUCUUCAGGUUAUAAAUUUUGACCUUCAAAUUAGUGACAAUAGAGGCGCACACCAUACCGAUUCCUAUCUCAACGGAGGUCUAAUUGUGAGAAGGGGUAAUCCAUUUAACAUGUCUCUGGUGUUCAACCGGCAAGUCACAGCUCAGGACAGGAUGCAGUUCACUGCCAGGCUUGUAACAUCGGAUACAGGUAACUCUUUACUGGAGAACACCUUCUCAGAUUCUUCUUCGCCCCAAACAAACAGCUGGGGAGCCCAACGAGGGGCAAGUGGUUCUGACUCCAUGAAAAUGACCUUCUUCACUCCAUCCAAUGCUGUAAUCGGACGAUAUGCUCUUCAGGUGCAGACAAAUGGAGGCAUCACAAAGAUAGGAGAAUUUAUACUUCUUUUCAAUACCUGGAACUCAGGUGAUACCGUGUAUCUGGCAGAUCAGUCAGAGAGAGAAGAAUAUGUUUUGUCAGAAUUUGGACUCAUUUAUAUGGGGGAACCAGCGAGCCCAAUACCUGUGCCUUGGAACUAUGGACAGUUUCAAGACAACAUACUUAACAUUGCCCUUGCCCUGAUGGACUCAACGCUGACUUACCGGCGUAACCCAUCAGAGGAUGUACGGAGGCGAAAUGACCCUUUAUACCUAUGCAGAACGCUAAGUGCUAUUGUUAACAGCAGAGAUGAUAAUGGUGUAGUAAUGGGGAAUUGGAGUGGAGAGUAUUCUGAAGGCACCAGCCCAAGCUCUUGGACUGGGAGCACCCAAAUCCUCCGGAAGUGGUACCAAGAACACCAACCAGUUAAAUAUGGGCAGUGCUGGGUCUUUGCUGGUGUUUUGUGUACAGUUAGCAGAGCCCUGGGUUUACCCUGUCGUGUGAUUACCAACUACUCUUCUGCACAUGAUUCCAAUAGCAACCUGAGUGUUGAAAGCUACUAUAGUGUCUCAGGAGAUCCUAUAGACAAAGGAGGUGAUAGUAUCUGGAACUUCCAUUGCUGGAAUGAAAGCUGGUUUCAGAGGAAUGAUCUUGGAACCACCUAUAGUGGAUGGCAGAUCUGGGAUUCAACUCCCCAGGAGAUGAGUGACGGUAUCUUUCAGUUAGGACCUGCUUCUCAACGUGCUGUAAAAGAAGGAGAUGUGGAUAAAUCAUAUGACACACGUUUCGUAUAUUCGGAGGUCAAUGCUGAUGUCAAUGUAUUAAUCGAACACAAUGAUGGUAAAGUCACAAAAGCAAAUACCUAUACUGCGUCGGUUGGCCUACUUAUCUGCACAAAAGCUGUCGGCAGAAAUUCUUUGAACAAUAUUACACAAGAUUACAAGUAUGGAGAAGGUACAGCCCAGGAGAGAGAGGUUAAUAACAAGGCUCUGCGCUUAACAAAUGUAGCUCCAGGAUUUAUACCUUUGUCAGCUGCUGGAUCGUCAGCUAUAGCUCCGAGCAGUGAGCCUGAGGUGUCUGGGGAAAUAAACAUCAAAGGGACUCCCAUUGUUGGUGAUGAUAUUAAUGCUAUCCUGACUCUCAAGAACUUGACCUCUGAAAGCAAAAACAUCACUGCUAAUCUUAAUGCCACUGCCAUUGUGUACAACAGACUUGUACGAAGACCUGUCCUCUCAAACUCUGUGGUUAUUCAGCUAGGUCCUAAUGAAGAGCAAACAGUUACGCUGCAGAUUCUUUAUUCUCAUUAUGAAAAGGCAUUGACAACUGACAAUAUGAUCUACGUGAGCAGCGUGUGUCAAGUUGAAGGCUGGGGGGAGCUGUUUGUGGAAGCCACCGUCAUACUACAGAAUCCACCUCUAUAUAUAAAGGCUCUUGGACCAGCUGUGGUAGGUCAUCCAUUACCUGUGGAGGUCACAUUCACCAACCCUUUGUCUGUUCCUGUUACUGACUGCGUGCUGACAGCAGAGGGCAGUGGUUUAACACAAGAAAUGCUGGUGAAAAACAUUGGAGUUCUGGAGCCCAAAAAGGAGACUGUUGUUGGUUUGGACUUAACACCAUUUGUGCCAGGAACAAAGCAGCUGUUGGUCAAUCUCACCUGUGAAAGGUUUCAUGAUGUCAAAGGGUUUAUUGACAUCAAUGUAGAGAAGAGCUCCUAGUUCCAGCUAGUUCCAUGCAAUACUUUUAUGUAGUGGGGGUGUGGAGGUUUUAUUUCUCCACUAGAGGGGGCAAUUGUUUCAAAGAGUACUGCUGUAAUAAAGUUACUUUCUUUGGAACCCA